AUUAACGUGAUUUUAAAGAUAAUUGACAGAAUGACUAUUGAUCCAGCAAAGUCUAUAUCUGCAUUUUACGCUGGACAGAGUAUAUUUUUGACAGGUGCAACAGGAUUUCUAGGUAAAGUUUUUAUCGAAAAGGUAUUACGAUCUUGUCCAGAUGUUUGUGAAAUAUUUCUAUUAAUGCGACCGAAAAAAGGAUUAAAUGUUGAAGAAAGGCUUAAAAAAAUGCUAAAUUUACCGUUAUAUAAUAAAUUACGCAAAGAGCAACCUGCAAAUUUUGAGAAAUUAAUUCCAAUUUCUGGCGAUGUCAGAGAAAAAGAAUUAGGUUUAUCGGUUGCAGACAGACAAAUGCUGAUUGAAAGAGUGACUAUAAUAAUUCAUUCAGCGGCUAAUAUGAAAAUGCAUGAUAGUAUAAAACGUGCCAUAUUUGGCAAUAUCAGAGCAACAAGAGACAUUUGUAUUUUAGCCCAAAAUAUGAAGAAUUUAAUUGCAUUGGUGUAUAUUAGUACAGCGUUUACACAUGUACAUGAACCAUUUAUUGAAGAAAGAGCAUAUCCACCUAUAGCUGACUGGCAAAAGAUAAUCGAAAUGGCAGAAAUUUUGGAUGAGCAUACUUUAAAUAUUUUUACAACUAAAUGUCUAGAUUGCUUUCCCAAUACGUAUACUUUUUCAAAAAAUUUAGCGGAAAGUGUAAUACAGGAAUAUUCUUCCUCUUUGCCUUGCGCGAUUGUGAGACCUUCCAUUAUAACACCAACAUACAAAGAUCCAAUGCCAGGAUGGAUAGAUAAUUUUUAUGGUCCAGUAGGAUUUUCCAUUGGUAUUGGAAAGGGAUUAAUACAAGUAAUUUACGGCUGUAAAUCUAGCAAUGAUAACGUGGUACCAGUAGACAUUGUCAUCAAAGCGAUAAUAGUCGUAACUUGGAAGCUAGGAUUAACCAUUAAUAUCACUAAUUCUACACUUAUUGUUUUACAUUGUAUUAGUCAAAAAUAUUUGACAUAUCAUGAUUAUCUUAAAUUGUUACUCAAUAUUACGAAUGAUAUACCAAUGGAAGGAAUUAUCUGGACUCCUAAUGCAGUGAUGACCGAUAACACCGUUCUGUUUUAUAUACUAACAAUAUUGCGUAUUCUGCCAGCUAUAUUAAUAGAUUUAAUUUUUAAAUUUUCUGGCCGCCCAUCUGCGAUAGUACAAGCGCAAAGAAAAUUAUAUCUGGUAAAUUGUACUUUGAGUUAUUUUUUGCUUCGUGACUGGAAAUUCAGUAAUACAAAUUCGUUGAUACUAUUAUCGUCAAUACCACCUGACGAUAGAGAUAUGUUUUCUUUUGAGCAUGCUGAUUCUGAUAUUAAAAGAUAUAUCAAGAAUAGCGCAAUUGGUGUCAAAAAAUUUCUUCUUUAUGAAGAUAUGAAUAGAUUGGAUGCAGCCAGAACACACGGUAAAAGGGUACGUUUGCUUGUGGCGAUAGUGGAUAUUAUCAUUUCUACUUGUCUGCUAUGGAUAAUAUUUCAACGGAUUUAUUCUUAUAUUUAUGUCUAA